UGAGUCUUCUCUACUUCAUUCCUACAUUGUAAAUUGUUGUUUAUAUUUCUGUUUCAUUUCUUGCCGAUUUAUUGCGUAUUGAUGGAAGGAGAAGGAAAGAAAAAGGCGAACAAUUUACCAGUUUGGGGAAACGAGCGAACGAUGAAUUUAAAUAGUAUGAUCUUAACGAACAUUCAAGGUUCCCCUUAUUUCAAGAACCACUUGUACGAGUUGAAGACUUACCACGCUGUUGUGGACGAAAUAUAUUACAAGGUGAGGGAAUAAUGGCGUGUUUCUGUCCUUGAAAAACUAACCGAUGAUCUUAUUCAGCCAGAUAUCAAUCACCAGUUUACAGAGAUAUGAAACGAACCAAAUUUGAGUGCUAUUUUUUGGUGAGCAGCGAAAAUUUGUGGUCCAUCAUGGACAUGGUAGAGUCUUAGACUUCACCUCUCAACCGUCUAUUGGUUUUCGGCGGGAACCUUUGGAAAAAUGGAGUUUUGCACAGUUGAUCAUUUGGAACCUUGGGAAAGAGGUAGCAGGAAGACUUCUGGACAAGUUGGCAUGUGUGGUGGUGUAAGAGGUGUUGGUGCUGGUGGGAUUAUAUCCUCCGCUUUCUGUUUACUAUAUAAAUUGUUCACAUUACGCCUUACGAGGAAGCAGUUGAAUGGUUUGAUCAACCACAAUGACUCACCAUACAUCAGAGGUCUUGGCUUCAUGUACAUUAGGUAUUCACAGCCACCAGCUGAUCUCUGGGAAUGGUAUGAACCUUUCUUAGAAGAUGAAGAGGAAAUAGAUCCUAAAGCCGGUGGAGGUUGUACAAUCACCAUCGGGCAAAUGGUGCGCAGUUUCUUGCUCAAGUUGGACUGGUACGACUCCCUGUUUCCACGUAUACCUGUCCCCAUUCAGAAAGAGAUCAAUGGAAAGUUACAGGAGCGCAACCUCUGCGAUGACAGAAAACGCAAAGCUGACGAAGGAUUUGGUGAAGCUGAAAGGUACUCAAAAAUGAUGAGGGACAAAGAAAGUGACCAAACUCAGGGUGAGACUAAAAGAUCGGAACGCAGUCGUAGUUCCAGCCGCGAUAGAAAAAGACAUCGAAGUCGAGAACGUUCGCCUCGUCGUCGAAGUACGGAGAGACGUCGAAGAAGCAGAAGUCGAGAGCCAAAACAAAGUAGAGAAAGGAAUGGAAGAGAGAGGAGAAGUCAUAGCCGAGAAAGACAUCGUGAUAGCCAUAGGAGAAGAGAUGGAAGCCAGGACAGAGAAAGCAGUCGCAGCAAAUCAAGGAGAGACAGAUCUUAGAAAAGUUAUACUUACGAAAAGACUUUGGACUUGUACUGUAUGUAUAUAUCUACAUCUUUUUCAAUUGUCUAGUCACUCAUUCCCACAUGCAGAGUGUACAUUGUUUUUGACUUAUGAUCGAAAGUGAUACUUGGAAAUUGUUUUCAUGCAAAGGCUUGAGAUGUUUCUUCGCCCAUUUUACAAAGCCCAAAAAGUAAUUUUAUCACUCUUUGGACACUAAGUAAACACAGGUUUUUUCAUAUGUUACGACUUUUUGCUUAAAUUGAUUGCAUUUAAAUGCAUGUCAUCCUACCUUUAUUAUGUACAUGGUGAUGUGACCACAUUAUUAAUAAUCUUUUGCAAGAGAAGGUGUAGAAGAUAUUUGGUUAAAAUCCUGUAAAUUGUGUAGAUUGGUGCACAGAGUAGAAGUUCAAGCGUAUUGGUCAUCAUUUUAUUGAAAUAUUCAUUUUAAGGCCGAUUGCAUGACUUGUUCUCCGGUUAUAAUGCAUUUUUUAAACAUUUUAUGCCUCUCUCUUAUUUUAUACAUGAUAGAUGUAAAUAAACUGGCAUUUGGCUGUAGAAGCUUCAUGUAAUCAUCAACAUUACCUGUCAACUGUAUUAACUUAUACUGCUUUAAAAUAAAAUAUUUGUUUACUUCAUAUUAA